AUGGUCAACAAUCCGUACAUAGGAAUCAAAUACCAGCGACUUCCUUCGCAUCCGACCUUACCCCUACCUGACAAAGGAUCACCAAUGGGACUUGCUUGUCCCGAGUGCCCCAACACAGUCAACGUAUCCCUGGUUUACAGCCGGGUGGAAGAUCUUACAAAGGACACCGUCACUGUAAACUGUCCCUCAGCGAAGCAUUACAUCCGAACGUUCAAACUCAAUCAGCUCUUACACGAAAUCGCAUGCAUCAACGCCGGAGCGAAGUAUCCAAUUCCUUUUGAUCCCUCUGCGCAUGGUCCGCCGGUUAACGUCAAAGGAAUGCAAAUACCAGCGAGAAUCAGCCCCAAGAAGACCGCCAAUCCAUCAAGUUCCAACCGAACCGCUUUUUCUGUUGACUGUGCCCGGCACAACGUGGGCCCCACUGCCAAGGGUCACAAAAAGAUGGGUCAUGCCGGAUGCACCUCCGUCUUUUGCCAAUCGGUAAUUAUCAGUUAUCACCACAGGCAGCAAAGAAAAAGAACUGACCAUGAUUAUGCCUUCGCCUGCCAGUGUUGUCGGGCAUUCACCGCCCCAGGGGGUUGCUACGUUCACCGCACAACAGAGCCGCCACCAACUCACGUUAAUACAGAUCCCUUAAACACUGGGCCUCGACCUGCCCCGCCUGCGAAUCCACCUGCAGCCAAACGCGCCAAAAUCCUCCCAGCUCAGUGUGCCCAGAGUGUUCGCCGAGUUGGAAGGAUUCUUACGCCAGAUGGUCAAUUGGUGUUGGCAGCCGCCCGACAGGAGAAAUCACCUGCGAUCACGCCCUCCAAGCCAUCCAUGAUCACUUUCGACCAUUCGAAGGUCAUCAGCCUGCACCUUGUCUGUGUAGGUUCGCAAUUGCCGGUGAUCUCCCACUUUUUCAAGGACUGGCCGGUCGCUGUCUUGAACAACAGUUCGAGCCUCAUUCGUGAGGCGCAAGCUGCGGCUGGGGCGCAAUGGGACGAGCACCUAGUGGUUUGGGAUGAGGAAGUCAGAAACUGGCGAGAGAUUGGGGUCGCUCUGCCCCAUUCUUACACUCCCGCGACCAAAAAUCUGAUCAUCUGCCUACCUCACCAGCGUUCCACUCUCCAAGUUGAGCUCCAAGAUAUCCUCGAAACCCUGGGCAUGGGCAAACCACUCGUGCGAAAUCGAUCAACCGAUUUGGGUCCCACUGCAAUUCAAAUGACCCUCCCGAAACCAUCGAGUUCCCAAGAUCAUCCAGUUGGCUCUAACAAAGAACGCAUUACCAUUAGCCUCUUGGACUCCGACUCCGAAACGGACCUCCCUGAAAUAUCGCAAAGUACUUCCCAGUCCACCGCGAGCCAACCACAGAUGCCUGCUCCGUCUACGCCAGAGUCCCUUCCUGUAGAGGACCAGAGGUUACUACAACGCGAACCGUCACCGAAGGAGCUCCAGCUAUCUACAGUUCCCUCAGCUGCGGACGAUGUCAUCAAACGAGACUGGCCUGGCAAAGACGUUCUAAUUUCCUCGCUCCUCGCUUGGUACGACUCAGCCGGUUGUCCACCGCGUCGUACUGCUAGGAUGAGGCUGUGGAAAUCUCGUUACGGAAACCUAUAUACCCUGGCACCUGCAAUGGUCUACCGUUACGCGGAAUGGAUCGAUUUGGUUGGAUAUCAACGUAUGUAUCAAUGGUGGCUUGAAUGGCCAGGCCUUGGCGAAUCAAGCAAAGAAAACCUUACCGUGGCACAAACUCGACCUCACUUUCAGAAAGAAUUCAACGCGGCUUGCGGUUACAAGAAGGAGGCUGAGGUUGACGUACCUUCGAAAGACAACGCACAAUAG